AUAAUCGAUACGUGUGGUAAGGCAGUAGAGGAUCGUUGUCCUGAUGUAAAGAAGGAAGCCUGUGAGCUAGUCAGGGUCGUCGUCAAUGCAAUACCAGGGGAUAAGGUACUGGGAUGCUCAUCAGCUCGAAACGACCUCGUUACGGCGUUGGUUCACAUAACUAAGCAUCAGCAGUGGAAG